AUGAGCCGGUUAGGGUUCAAAUCGGUGGUCUAUCAUGGCGACGUGCGUCUUGGGGAACUCGACGCUAUUCCGGCGACGGACCAGGAUUUUCAGUUUCCGAACAACGAGAUUAGAAUCCACCGCAUAUCGCCGCCCAGUGAGAGAUGCCCUCCCCUUUCAGUUCUUCAGACAAUUUCUUCAUUUUCUCUCAGGUGUAAGCUCCAAUCUUCCUUACCUGUUGAACAACCUCACUUGAUCCAGCUUCAUUACUCCUGCUUCCAUGAAUUGAAGACAGCAAUUGUGAUGGUUGGGGACGAAGAAAUUCACCUGGUUGCAAUGCCGAGCAAGCAGAAGAAUUUUCCGUGCUUUUGGUGUUUUGCGGUGCCCAGUGGUCUAUAUGUAUCCUGUUUAGGAAUGCUAAAUCUCAGGUGUCUUGCGAUUGUUUUUGAUCUAGACGAAACGCUUAUUGUAGCAAACACUAUGAAAUCUUUUGAAGAUAGAAUUGAAGCUCUUCGAGUUUGGCUCACGCGGGAAACAGAUCCAUUGCGUGUAUCUGGAAUGUCAGCUGAACUCAGGCGGUACCUGGAAGAUCGUUUGCUGCUAAAACAGUAUAUUGAGAACGACACUGUAAAUGAUAAUGGGAGGAUUUAUAAGGUGCAGCUGGAGGAGGUUCCUCCCCUAAACGGGACCUGCGAGAAAGUAGUUCGUCCUAUAAUUAGAUUGCUGGACAAGAAUAUUGUUCUUACUCGCAUCAAUCCAGAGAUUCGUGAUACCAGUGUUCUUGUGAGGUUACGGCCUGCAUGGGAAGACUUAAGAAGCUAUUUGACUGCUAGGGGUCGUAAGCGUUUUGAAGUUUAUGUAUGUACCAUGGCUGAAAGAGAUUAUGCAUUAGAAAUGUGGAGGCUUCUUGAUCCAGAAGCACACCUGAUUGCAACAAAGCAGCUUCUUGACCGUGUUGUUUGUGUCAAAUCAGGUUCUAAGAAAUCUUUGCUGAAUGUUUUCCAAUCCGGUACAUGUCAUCCAAAGAUGGCAAUGGUUAUUGAUGACCGUUCAAAGGUUUGGGAAGACAAAGACCAACCACGUGUACAUGUAGUUCCAGCAUUUACUCCUUACUAUGCUCCUCAAGCAGAGAUAGCAAACGUGGUCCCUGUCCUCUGCGUGGCAAGGAAUGUCGCGUGUAAUGUCAGGGGUUGUUACUUCAAAGAAUUCGAUGAGAGUUUGUUGCGACGGAUUCUUGAAAUUUCAUAUGAAGAUGAUGUCAUUGAUCUACCUCCUGCUCUUGAUGUGAGCAGUUAUAUGAUGUCAGAGGAAGCUGGUUUUGUAUCCAAUGAGAUUGUGAAUGCUCCAGUUGGUGAAGGAAUGAAUGGUGUUGAAGUGGAAAGGAGAUUGAAUCAGCCGGAUGAUAAGCAUGUAAUAGACAUGGCUAAUAAUCCUAUUACAAGCCAUACAGUUGUAAGAGCAGAUACUUCUCAGUUGCUUACUCCAAAUCCAAAUGUUGUUGGACCAAAAUCUUCAAGACCUCUACUGCCUUCUCAAAAGCCUGGGUUGCUUGGAGCCCCUGUCAGACGAGAUCUCUCUUCUGAUUGUGAUUAUGACAUGAAGAGAGGACUCCUUGCUACGAAACCUGGUAUUGAUCUUCGGGCUCCGCACUUUGGUGAACCCCCUAUACUCCCCAGAAUGCCCGUACAACUAUCAGCAUCCGGAUUACAGGUGCAAGGAAAUUCAUUCGUGGAUGAUGACUCUAGUAAAGGACAUCACAAUAGUCGAUCUUCAGGAUUUAUUCAAGAAUCUGAAGCUUCAAAAGCUGAUAAACAUCGGUCUCAUCAGAUCCCAUUCAGCAAUAAUCCACAAGGAAUUGCUAUAUCUCAAAAUCGAGCAUCUAGCAAUAACAAAGAAUCUCAACAACCUGAAGCAGGGAAAGUUACUAUACCUCCGCCCUCUUUAUACAUUGGAGUUCUACAAGAAAUUGGUCGUAGAUGCGGCUCAAAGGUGGAGUUCAAAACUGUUGUCAGUACCAGCAAGGAUUUGCAAUUUUCAUUUGAGGUUUUGUUUACUGGCGAGAAGAUUGGUGUUGGAUUGGGUAAGACGAGGAAAGAUGCUCUACAACAAGCUGCGGAGAAUGCACUUCACAAUUUAGCAGAUAAGUAUGCUGCACAUAUGAAGCCUCUUUUGGGACCUGGAGUAGACGCAGAUCUCGACAAGCUUUCAAUUGGAGGCGAAAAUGGAUUCUUAUGGGACAAUGUAGCUCCAGAAGUUAAGAAAGAAAACAAGUGGGAGGCUUCUGAUGAACCUGAGACUACUAACUCUGUUUCGGCAAAUCAACAGAAUGUUCAGAAGCGCCAGUGUUCCCCGAGAUCAUUUCCCAGUAAACGAUCAAAGGAGGAGGAGGAGGAGGAGGAGGAGGAGGAGGAAGAAGAAGAAGAAGAGGAAGAAGAAGUAGGAUCUUUGAGGCAGAAGAAUGGGAAUUCCAUUACUUGAACUGAAUAAAACACCCAAACCCCACACACGUAAUGUUCAUUUUUGGAGACAGAUUUUGUUUUGUAACCCAGGCCCCUCCCACCCUACAAUGUACACUGCAACCGGAGCUUUCUUUGCCUCCCAACGGCCUUGAGGAAAUUUGAUGAUGGAUUGGAGCAAUAUGAAAAGAAAUAUGAUCCAACAAAACAAUACAGGUUUGAAAGCGGGUCAACUGCCAAAGUCGGACCGGAUCUAAUGCUGAAAGGAAGAGGA